GUGACCAUUAACGUUAACCUUCACUUUUACCAUAUUGGUGGAUCCUCUCACAAUUCCGAAGCAUCAAGGAAAAACGAAGCGGAAGGGAGAGAGGAUCGCUCCACUUUAUUUUUAUCAGAUCUUUCAAUUUAUUUCAUUUGCUUUCGGUGGUCGAGCAUCCCGUUCAGAUCCAUCGUGUAGGAUCUUCAUGGCGGCAGCGAGGCGGCUCCGGGACCUGCAAGCCCAACCGGGGAACAGGAUCUGCGUUGAUUGCUCUCAGAAGAACCCCCAAUGGGCGUCCGUUUCCUAUGGAGUUUUCAUGUGCUUAGAAUGCUCCGGCAAGCACCGUGGCCUCGGGGUCCACAUCUCCUUCGUCCGAUCCGUUACGAUGGAUUCCUGGUCCGAAAUCCAGAUCAAGAAGAUGGAAGCAGGUGGUAAUGAGCAACUCAACGCCUUCCUCGCCCAGUAUGGUAUCGCCAAGGAGACCGAUAUUGUCACCAAGUACAAUACUAAUGCGGCUAGCGUUUAUAGGGAUCGAAUUCAGGCCCUUGCCGAGGGACGACCGUGGCGGGAUCCACCGGUUGUCAAGGAGAACCUUGGCCCUGGGAAGAGCAAGCCUCCUUUGCCAAAAAGUGGAAACGAUGGAGGCUGGGAUAGUUGGGAUAACGAUGACGGUGUCAGAUCUCCCCAUGACUUCAAGCGCAACAUGUCUACGGGGGAUGUGAGGGGGUUCAAUGGAGGUUCGACCGGCAGCAGGCCCGCGAGAUCGAGGUCGACUGAGGAUAUCUACACGCGGUCGCAAUUGGAGGCUUCCGCUGCCAACAAAGAUAACUUUUUCGCUCGCAAGAUCGCAGAGAACGAAUCACGACCCGAAGGGCUUCCCCCCUCGCAAGGUGGCAAGUACGUUGGAUUCGGAUCUAGUGUCGCACCUUCCCGGGUGACUAACCAACAAAACGAUGUUUUCUCAGUUAUGUCUCAGGGAUUUGGUAAAUUGUCUUUGGCUGCUGCCUCAGCGGCUCAGUCUGCUGCUACUGUUGUUCAGGCUGGCACUAAAGAGAUUGCUACCAAGGUAAAGGAUGGUGGCUAUGAUUACAGAGUCAAUGAAACUGUCAAUGUUGUCUCUCAGAAGACAUCAGAGAUAGGACAAAGGACGUGGGGGAUAAUGAAGGGGGUCAUGGCUUUGGCUUCGCAGAAAGUUGAGGAGUACGCCAGAGAUAACCCAAACUGGUCAUCUGAUAACUGGCAGCGAAAUGAAAAUGGUAGAAAUGGCUAUUAUCAAGAAUAUAAUCAAGAGAAUAAAGGUUGGAAUUCUUCUAGUGGAGGAGGGCAACCUUCAUCAGCUGGGCAGAAUAAUACUUAUCACUCAAGCUCAUGGGAUGACUGGGGCAAUGAUGAUACUAGGAAGAAAGAACCAGCUAAAGCAUCAGCUACUCAUAACAAUGAUGGUUGGGCUGGCUGGGAUGAUCCUAAAGAUGAUGAAUAUGAUAAUUCGUACCAGAGUGUAUCAAAUAAGAAUGCAGUUGGUCAGAAUGGGAAGCCAGGUGACAGGUGGACAGGGGGAGGCUUUAUGUAAGCAUAAAUGACAAAAUUAUGGUAGCUUUCGAGGCGAUCACAUGCAGGCCAACAGGGAUGCCUCUAAACAUGAUGGAUGUAACCAGACUGUCGAGGAUAAGUAAGUUGUCGUACAAGGGUCCAAAGGAAGGGCUUGUCGCUUAAAUUUGAAGAACGCCACUUCCUGGAAUUGUGAAGAAAACAAUAUUUUGAUAUGAAAACUUCCAAAUUGUUUUGUAUUUGUUGCAACCAAAUUUGCCUGUUAAUUUUUCAUUUGCCCCAUAUUGAACACAUGGCUUUUAUUUGUCAUUUCCCCGAAACUUGUUAUUAUUUUGAGUCAAACUCAAACUGGGGUUAAUGCAAAAACAGCAGAACUCCUUUAUAUUAUAUAUUUUGAUAAGGUAUAACUUUUUUAUAGGAAUCAAUGGACAUCUGUUUCUUUUCGCUCC